AUGUCAGGAAGAUAUACUGCUAAAGACUAUGAAGAUGCACAGGAACAGGAGGUUCAGAGUGCUCUUAGAGACAUUGAUGAGACAAAGGAGGAGUUCAGACCAAGGAAGAGUGUUCCAGAGGGAGUACCCCAGAACGGAACCAUCCUUAGGCUUAAUUGCGAGAAGGAUCCCGCAGUUGCAAUUGAUGAUUGGGCUACAGAUAUUAGAUAUCAUAUCCUUAGCAGAGGAAUUGAAUCUUGGUUGGUGGAGCAAGCAUAUAAAUUUGCAGUAGCCACACUAAGAGGAAAUGCUGGAGAUUUUUGGGAAAUACUUCAAAGGAACUCAGAUGUGAGUACCAUUAUUAUUAACACCAUCAAAACUCUAGAUGAAGUAAUUGCUAUCAUAGUUGAUUUCCUCAAAUGGGAGUUUGUAGGAUAUUUGCUAGUUGAUAGAGGGGACGAGCUAGUAGAGAAGGCCAGGAUGGCUCUCACAAAGAUUCAAAUCUAUGACAUGUGUUACUUUGAGGAGUUUCUUUGUGAAUACCAGUAUUGGUAUUACAAGCCUGGACCACAAGAUCAAGCGUAUGCAAAAGAAGUAUUCAUCAAUAAAUUACCCAGUAGUUGGCCAGAAGUGGUAAAACAUGUUGUUAAGCAGAGACUAGAGAGAGAUACAGAAGUAUCAGAUACUCUCGGAGUCAGAACAGAAAUUAUAAAGGUCAAAGAAAGAGCAGUAGCUCUUACAGCCUUCACAACGCCCAUUGGGCUUUUUGAAUGGCUAGUAAUGCCAUUUGGACUGAAGAAUGCCCCAAGAAUUUUCUAG